CCUGCGCCUGCGCGGAGCCGCCAGUCCGGCAGGGCCGCAGCCGCGGGGUGGCCGGCGGUUGCGGUGGGGACCGCGGGUCCGUCCCUUCUCCGGUCCCCUGCCCCGCGCCGCUCCCACCGAGACGCGGAGGACGACCCGGACCCUCCUCUCCCGCCGGGCCGAGCUGCAGCCGGCGACCGGGCGAGAGGCGGUGCCGCUCCCAAGAUGUCGCAGACGGCCAUGUCCGAAACAUACGAUUUUUUGUUUAAGUUCUUGGUUAUUGGAAAUGCAGGAACUGGCAAGUCUUGCUUGCUUCAUCAGUUUAUAGAAAAAAAAUUCAAAGAUGACUCAAAUCAUACAAUAGGAGUGGAAUUCGGUUCAAAGAUAAUAAAUGUUGGUGGUAAAUAUGUAAAGUUACAAAUAUGGGAUACUGCAGGCCAAGAACGAUUCAGGUCUGUGACGAGAAGUUACUACAGAGGCGCCGCAGGAGCUCUCCUCGUCUAUGACAUCACCAGCCGAGAAACCUACAAUGCGCUUACUAAUUGGUUAACAGAUGCCAGAAUGCUAGCGAGUCAGAACAUUGUGAUCAUCCUCUGUGGGAACAAGAAGGACCUGGACGCCGACCGUGAAGUUACUUUCUUAGAAGCUUCCAGAUUCGCUCAAGAAAAUGAGCUGAUGUUCUUGGAAACCAGUGCACUAACGGGGGAGAAUGUGGAAGAGGCCUUUGUACAAUGUGCAAGAAAAAUACUUAACAAAAUUGAAUCAGGAGUGAUUUGGUCAAAGAGCACCCUCUCUAUACCUGCCAACCUAAAAUUGCCACUUACGGUCUUGAAGGUCUCGUCCGCGUGGCUGAGGCAAAGGCCCACCCCUUUUUCCUAGUGGCUUCCUUGCACCAUUGGUGAAAGAGAAUGGGCAGGGUUUCCGCCUGUGUUUGCUUUCAGAACCACGGCCUUUUGUGGGUCCAUUGCUUAGAGGAGGAAGGUGGGGUUGUUGUCCACUCUCUGUCAACAGCUUGCUGGCCCUCCUGGGCCAGUGGUCCCAUGGUGUGAUGGGGGACCGCCUGGGUGAGAUUGAGGGAGUUACAGGU